AUGUUCGGCAAGGUGUCUGCACCUCACAAAUUGAUCCGCUUGAUAUCUUCUGCAACACAUGCAGUUCCCAAACUGGCAGAUGUUUUGAUAGUCGGCGGUGGUCCCGCUGGUUUGACAUUGGCUGCGGCAAUCAAAUCAUCACCUAAACUGAACCAAUUGUCCACUGUACUUGUAGAUGCAAGCGAUUUGAAGGGCAAAGUUGCUUCAUUCUACAAUUCACCUCCAGAUAAUUAUACGAAUCGUGUAAUUAGCUUAACACCACCAUCUAGAAGGUUCCUGGAGGAAAGAGCUGGUGUAAGCUUAAUGAAUGACAGGAUACAAGUUUAUGAUGGUUUAUAUGUGACCGAGGGAUGUUCUGAUGCAACUUUAGAUAUGGAAAAAGAUUCAAUGGCUUGUAUGAUUGAAAUUUUAAACGUUCAGUCGUCAUUGCUUAAAAGACUUGAUCAACUUUCACCAGAUCCUAACACCUUCAAAAUCAUUGACAAUACGAAAGUUUCCGGAAUUGAGCUUAACGAUCCCUAUGACGCCAAAUCCUGGCCAUUAGUAACGCUGGAUAACGGAGAGGUUUAUAAAACGAGAUUACUUGUAGGGGCAGAUGGCUUUAACUCCCCUGUAAGGAAGUUCUCUAGAAUUCCGUCUCGAGGCUGGUCUUACAAUGCGUUUGGCGUUGUUGCAACUAUGAAACUAGAAUAUCCUCCAUAUAAGAUCAGGGGCUGGCAAAGAUUUCUUCCUACAGGACCUAUCGCUCAUUUACCAUUACCGGGUGAGAAUGCUACGCUUGUUUGGAGUUGCACUGAGCGCUUAUCAAAACUCCUGACGUCCAUCACUCCAGAACAAUUUACAGCCCUAAUCAAUGCUGCCUUUGUUUUAGAGGAUGCUGAUAUGAAAUUUUAUUACAAGCAGUUAGAAGAUAAAACAAUCUCAACGAAGGAGCUAAGUGAAGAUAUCAAUUUCAGAAUAGAGCAAGUUUUCAGUUCUUCUGAAGACGAAAACAUGAUAGAUGAAAAGUAUCCCCCCAAAGUUCAGGGCAUUUUGCCAGACACGAGAGCCCGUUUCCCGUUAAAACUGUCACACGCAGAUACUUAUUGUUCCGAAAGAAUCGCGUUAGUUGGAGAUGCUGCACAUACUACUCAUCCAUUGGCUGGACAAGGACUGAACAUGGGGCAGGGAGACGUUGAGGCUUUAGUUGAUGCUUUGGAAAUAGCUGUUUCUAGAGGAUCUGACAUCGGGUCUUUACUAAGUCUGCAGUCAUUCUGGGCUGAUCGCUAUCCUAUUAAUAAUUUGCUCUUAGGCAUGGUUGACAAGUUGAAUAAAAUUUAUGGCACGGACUAUGCCCCUAUCGUAGCGUUGAGAUCUUUCGGUAUUAACGUUAUCAAUAACGUUCCACCGCUUAAGAAUUUAAUUAGGGAUACACUUGGAGAAUCAGGGAGAUAG